AUGCUUCCAAUCUAUUGUUUUGUGGCCGGCUUUUACCUAAUUCUGAUCUCCUAUCAACUGUUCGCCAUUAUUUCAGUGCUCUACGCGAUUCGUCGUGGCCGUCUUUACUCAGAAAAGAGUCCAAUUUACAUCAUUUCCACAUCGAAUCUGUUCACCGACUUUGUGAUGUUAUCCCUUCAUUUAAUAUAUUUUGUGCCAAGUCUAUUCUUUCAGACUUACUUCUUUUCAAAAGGUGUCGAUGAUCAAGUUGUAAUCUUUUUCUCUUCAAUAUUCAUGGUUCUCUGGUACCAAUCAACUCUAUCGCAAGUACUGAUGGCUAUUAAUCGUGUAACUGUGAUGUGCUUCAGUCGUUUUUCUGUGUUCACGAGGAAGGGGACUCUCUUUUUUACAAUUGGAAUCUAUCCAAUUGCUCUAACUUUAGCCGUCUUUUCACAAUACAUCUUUCCGUGUUGCCGCCUAACCUUUGAUUACAAUGUUUAUUCCUAUCGAUAUGUGGAAAAGGCCGGAAUUCUCAACUAUCCAAACACGUAUUUUGAUCUCCCGCUAAACACAACCUCGACUAUCGUUUGUGUUGUUUGCUAUUCAUGGAUCGUCCGUUGGCUUUACGUUUUCAACUCGAAAAUCUCAACGGAAUGCUCCCAAAAAAAGAGAAACAUGGAAAUAAAAUAUGCCAAACAAUUCUUUUUCAUCUCAGUCUUUUACAUGAAUGGAUGGACGAGUUUUCGCUAUCUUCCUGUGUUGAUUGGCAACAAUAACCUGUAUCUUUACUCGUUUUGUUCCCUGAAUGCUCUUCUCUGUUUUGGCGCCAAUGGACUCGUCUACUAUCACACUAACUCAGAGGUGCGAGCAAUUUUGCGGAAAGAUCCGCGUUCCUCGGAUGCUCAAUCUUCAUCGCAUGGACUAAACAUUUAUUCUCAAGAAAUACCGAAACAACAAGAGAAUAGCAAAAAACAAAGCGGGGAAAGCUCGAUCAAAUUU